AUGGCGCCCCCCGUCUUGCUCUCGAGGUCACUGGACUGCGCACUGGGUGUCUUCACCGGUUUCUUCGCCUGGUAUCUACACGAGACCCACCCGAGAACGGCGUUGCCCGAGGACCAGCGGCUGCUGAAUCUCGUCAAGUGGAAGCUCGAGAAGAGUAGGCUUGCUCGUGAGGAGAGGAAUAGGAAGUUGGAGCAGGAGAUGGGGGACUUGUAG